AUGGCCAUUUGGCCCGAUACCCAUGGGGGCCCGAAGCCCGGCCCAUAUUAGCCCGACCCGAGCACGGCACGGGCCCGAAUAUUAUUGGGCUCGGGCCGGCACGAGCACGAUAGACGGGCCGUGCCUGGGCCUCAAUCCCGGCCCAUGGACACAUCCAAGCACGGCCCGAAAAAAGCCGGCCCGAUCGGCCCGAUGGGCAGCACGGUGGCCCAGGCCCGGCCCACGGCCCGCUCCCAGGCCAGGCCAGCAAAAGAGCCGUUGGAGGCCUGCUGCCGGCCCUGCCCAGCGGAGCGGGUAUAUAAGGGGCGCCGGCCGCUGCCCCCGGCCACCCCCCGGCCUCCAUUCGCUCGCCCCGCCCCCGACCCCUCUCCGCUCCCCUCGCAUAACCCUAACCCUAGAUCGAGCCUCGACCCCUCUACAGCUCCGCUCCCCUCCCGUCUUCGUCUCGAUCUGACCGUCUUCUCCAACUCCAAUCGCCGGCUCGCCGCCGUUGGCCGUCCACUCUACCCUCUUCUCUUUGUUUUCCUCCCUACUUUUGCAUCUUCACCGGUCGACUCGCUUCCUCAACUCAAAUCCGUCCCCAAACCCGGUCAUCCCUCUAUAAAUCUCGUAGAUCCGGCCAUCCUCGAUCUCGCCGGCGUCCUUGGUGCUCCGGAUCUGUUGCUCGGCCGAUGCAAAGCCGUUGGGGUACCUGGGGGGCUGGAUCUGGGGUCUUUGGACCCUAACCGGCAGCUCGGUUCCCUCGGUUUUGCCGGCCGACGCGAAGCCAUGACGUGCCGAAGGCCUGACCUGCCCUCCAGGCCAUGGACGACGACGAGGGCCACACCAUCAACGAUGAGUUGCGGAUGAUGGGCCUGGAGGGGGACGACGAGGACGGUAUGGAGGAGGAACGGGAGGAGCUUUUUGGUCGGCGUGGUAAUGUGGAAGUAAUCAUGCCCCCUCCCCU